AUGCCCAACAUCGGCCCUGUCGCGGAGUUCCUGGGACAUGUCUUUUACGAAUUCGAAGCUGUCAAGCAUCUCCUCCCUACCUACGGACACUUGAUCGUAUCAGCUUUAUUCCCGAUCUAUAUUGGUGCGCAUGCAUCGCUGACGAGACCGUCAUCCGCCGCCAAACCGCCUAAACAUUCUAAAAGCAAGGAUGAAUACGAUACGGACGAUGAGGACGAUGGUGAAGGGAAGCUAGGACCGAUUCAAAAGAUGGAAGGACUGGAGCCGUCCGAUGCUGUGAUGCUUCCUCUAACCGCUGGUCUUACCCUAGGUGGUCUAUAUCUGGUGAUUAAAUGGUUGGAAGACCCUGCAAUCUUGAACAAGAUCCUGAGCUUCUAUUUCUCUCAAAUGGGCAUUUUUUUCGCCGUCGCCUUUUUGAAAGAUGCCCUCUGUAUUUUGCGGUCCUUCAUCUUUCCCAGGAUGUAUCGAACAGAUGACAGGAUCUGGCGGGGAAAGCAAUCCAACCGCACUUUCAUUACUACUGCCGGGGAGGAUACUUUGGUUAGGCACUCUCCCUUGCCUGGCCGUCUUGGUCAAAUCCCCCUCCCAAAUAGCCUUCGCCAGACGCUCUGGGCUUGUCGCAACUUUGCCUAUCAGCGGCUAAGAUUCCGAGCGUAUAUCCGUGGUAUUCUGGAUCUCAAAUGCUUGGUCGGCCUUCUUGAUCUUAUCAGCACGAUUGUGGGCUUGUCUGCCGUCGGCUACUUUGCUUUUGUCAAGAAGCCUUGGUGGUUGACGAAUUUUCUUGGGUUUAGCUUUUGCUAUGGUUCUUUGCAGUUCAUGUCACCUUCCACGUUCGCGACAGGAUCUCUCAUUCUAGGAUCUUUGUUCGUCUACGAUAUUUAUUUCGUCUUCUUCACACCCCUGAUGGUGACAGUGGCGACGAAACUGGAUGUACCUAUAAAACUUCUGUUUCCACGCCCUCCGAGUCCGGGUGAGGAGCCUGAUACAAUUUCCCUGGCCAUGCUGGGAUUAGGAGACAUUGUCAUCCCAGGCAUGAUGAUAGGACUGGCUCUGCGAUUCGACCUUUUUCUGUACUACAGACGCAAGGGUAUCCAGAAGGCUCUUGCUGAAGGCAAGGGGAGAGCCUUUGUAAGGCCCCAAUAUCAAUCCGCAACCGGUGCUUGGGGUGAACGGUUUUGGACCCGACUUAGCCCACCUCGCGAGCCUGAGCUGGAACCCCCAUAUCAUGACGCUCGGUCUUUCUCCAAGACAUACUUUAAAGCUAGUCUCGUUGGUUAUACGAUAGGAAUGAUCGCCACCCUUGUUGCCAUGCUGCAUUCAAACCACGCCCAACCGGCGCUGCUCUACCUCGUUCCUGCUGUUCUCACUUCAUUAUGGGGAACGGCCUUGUUUAGAGGAGAGAUUCGUUCUAUGUGGGAGUUCUCUGAUGCGGACGACGAUGAUGAACCCGAUGCGGUACAGAAAAGGGAGCAAGCCGAACGAGAGCAGAAAGACAAAUCUGCAAAGAAUACUAAAGGCCUUCUUAUGCGCCUGUUCUCUGGUGAUACCAUAGGUUUCUAUGGCAAUGCGACCAAUGAGGAAAAGACUUCCUCUGAUAAAAAAGCGAAUAAAGAGGAUGGUAGCCACGCUACUCUGUCAGGAGAGAGGGAUAGCCAGACGCGUAAGGAUAAGGAUCAAGAUGACGAGGUCGAUAAGACUUCAAACUUGGUCACUAUCUCUCUGUCCUUUCCCCGGAAGAAAUCACAAGGGUCAACAUCAGAGGCAGGCCAACCAGUUCCAUUUUUAGUUGGCUUGGGGGAUGGAGAGCCGCCAUAUAAGAGACGGCGACGAAGUCCAGGAAAGGAGAAUCAAUAG